AUGCCAAUUAGCGAGAAGAAGGAGAUUCAGCCAGAAGGUACAAUCGAAAACCAUACCAUCAGUCAGACCUAUCAAGACUCCAUUCUUAAGGAAGGAGGUUUACAGGAUUAUUGGAAGACCCUAAGCUGGUUUGACUCGAUAGCCAGACAAGGAAAUCCUAACGCUCAAUGUAAUUUAGGCUACAUGAACUAUUAUGGCAAAGGGACACCCCAGAGUUAUUCGCAUGCCACUGACUGGUUUUCCCUGUCAGCCGAGAAAGAAAUGGCCGCCGCUCAGAGUAAUCUAGGUUGCCUGUACGAAGACGGCAAAGGGGUUAAGCAGGACUAUUCGAAAGCCAUCGAGUGGUAUCUCAAGGCAGCCAAUCAGGGAAACGCCAUUGCUCAAAGCAGUCUAGGUUACAUGUACUCUCGUGGCAAAGGAGCUAAACAAGACUGCUCAAAAGCCAUCGACUGGUGUCUCAAAGCUGCCCACUAA